AUGGCGGAAACCACGGGAGACUUCCCGCUCGCGAGAGCCGACGAUGGUUCAUACGCUGGUCCUGAGGACACGUUCGACGGCAGUGUGGCCGGGGCAUCCGGCACCUCCACCGGCGGGAUGGUGUUAUCUAGCGGGGCGCUCGCAGCCAUUAUCGUAGUCGUCGUUCUGGUGGCGCUGGUCGGCAUUGCUAGCAUGGUGCUAUUCUGGGUCGCCAAGAAGCGCGAGUGGACGGUGAAAGAGACGCUGCGGAGGUCAGCAAGGAAGGUAGUCACGGCACUGACACCGCGACGAAGCGAGUUCCCCAAAUCAGUCAAAGAGUCCUCUGGAAGGGGAGGGCGGAGCAGGCUAGACGACGUGCCACCGACUCCUAGAAUCAAGCCGGAGUAUCUCGAUUUGGAAAAGGGGCUUGAAAAGCCGAAGAAGAAGCGCGCGAAUUUUAGUCGCAAGUGA